GGUCCAGAUCGGGAAGCUGCGCCGGCCUCACGCCCGACUACAGUGGAAUGCGGCAAUUUUAACUACUGCGGACCCCGGAGACCCAUAUAAGAAUAGGGAUCGAACGAUUACAAUCCCAGCAGUAAGAGCCUGGCGCCUAGCGGUGGUCGGAUACGGAGCGCUCUGGUGAUGCAUCAACGAUGAGUCGCCGCGCGCGGCCGUGACAUGGGAGCGCAGGCAUGGGCUGGCGCGCCGUGCAACCGCCGCACAUCGCCGCCGGCUUGCUCCUACUGCUGCUAGUUAACCUGCCAGGUAUCCACGAUAUUAAUAAUAACUUCUCUGUAGAUAACCGCUUGCUUACUACCGUGAUAACCUGCCACCAAGACCACCAAGAUGCUGUGCACAUCACGGCCAUCCUCGGCGAAAGCGUGGUGUUCAACUGCCAGGUGGACUUUCCGGAAGACAUCCCGGUGCCGUACGUGUUGCAGUGGGAGAAGAAGGGACAGGACAUCCCGAUCUACAUCUGGUACGAGAGCUACCCGACGCACAGCGGCGAGGGCUACGAGGGCCGGGUGUCGCGCGUUGCGCCGGACUCGCCCUACGGCGCAGCCAGCCUCAACCUUACCAAUAUCCGCGAGUCUGAUCAGGGUUGGUACGAGUGUAAGGUGGUGUUCCUCAACAGGUCACCCAAUCAGCACAAAAAUGGCACAUGGUUCCACUUGGACGUGCACGCGCCACCACGCUUCUCCAUCACACCGGAAGACAUUAUUUACGUUAAUUUAGGAGAUGCCAUCAUCCUCAACUGCCAAGCAGAGGGCACGCCCACGCCGGAGAUCCUGUGGUACAAGGACGCAAACCCGGUGGAGCCGUCAGGAACCGUGGGCAUCUUCAACGACGGUACAGAGCUACGCAUCAGCAACAUCAGGCACGAGGACAUUGGAGACUACACGUGUAUCGCACGCAAUGGCGAGGGACAGGUGUCACACACCGCGCGGGUCAUCAUCGCCGGAGGAGCCGUAAUCACUAUGCCACCAACAAACCAGACGAAGUUAGAAGGAGAGAAAGUUCAGUUUUCAUGUGAAGCAAAAGCAUUACCGGGUAAUGUAACCGUGAAAUGGUUCCGGGAGGGCGCACCGGUGGCCGAGGUGGCAGCACUGGAGACUAGGGUCACUAUCAGACGCGACGGAGCGCUCGUCAUCAAUCCUGUGGCCGCUGAUGACUCGGGACAGUAUCUAUGCGAAGUUUCCAACGGAAUAGGCGACCCGCAAAGCGCAUCGGCCUAUUUGAAUGUUGAAUAUCCAGCAAAAGUAACGUUCACACCGACCGUGCAGUACCUCCCCUUCCGGCUAGCAGGAGUAGUCCAGUGUUACAUAAAGGCGAACCCUCCUCUGCAAUACGUCACGUGGACGAAGGAUAAGCGGCUCUUGGAACCUUAUCAGACUAAGGAUAUUGUGAUCAUGAACAACGGAUCCUUGCUGUUCACCAGGGUCAACCAGAACCAUCAGGGUCGAUAUACUUGCACACCUUACAACGCACAAGGAACUCAAGGGUCAUCUGGUCCGAUGGAAGUUUUAGUUCGUAAACCGCCUGUGUUCACAGUGGAGCCAGAACCGUUGUACCAAAGAAAGGUGGGCGAGUCGGUAGAGAUGCACUGCGAGGCGCAGGAGGCGGAGGGCACGCAGCGUCCGAGCGUGACGUGGCGGCGCCGCGACGGCCUGCCGCUGCAGAAGAGCCGCGUGCGCGCGCUCGCAGGGAACAUCACCAUCGACACGCUGCGCCGGCAGGACUUCGGCAUCUACCAGUGCGUCGCCUCCAACGAGGUGGCGACGAUAGUGGCGGACACGCAGCUGGUGAUAGAGGGCACGCAGCCGCACGCGCCGUACAACGUGUCGGGCACGGCCACCGAGUUCCAGGUCACGCUGCGCUGGCAGCCCGGGUACGCCGGCGGGCCCGACUACAAGCAGGACUACACCAUCUGGUACAGGGAGGCCGGCUUCUCCGAGUGGACCAAGGUCCCCGUCACGCCCUCUGGUGCUACUUCUGUCACAAUAAAUCGACUGCAACCUGGAACCACGUACGAGUUUCAAGUGAACAGUAAGAAUACGAUAGGGGAAGGAAUGAUGAGUAAAGCAAUUACAAUAAGAACACUCGAUGUAGGCGCCAAGCCGAAGGCGGCUCCCACGCCGGCGGGGCCGGUAGACGAAAAGAUAUUCCAAAACGCACCCGAAGGCUCCGGUCCGAAGUCAGGUCCGCCGCGCAACCUGACCGUGACGGAGGUGCACAACGGGUUCCUGAUCACGUGGCAGGCGCCGCUGGAGCGCUCUCACCUCGUGCAGUACUACACCAUCAAGUACCGCACCGACGCGCAGUGGAAGACCCUCAACCGAGGACAGAUACGACCCGAGGAGACCAGCUACUUGGUGAAGAACCUGGUCGGAGGGCGCACGUAUUACUUCCGAGUGCUCGCUAACUCGGCGACGAGCUACGAGAGCUCGGAGGAGGUGAAGUUCCCGGUGCCUGCGCGGGUGAAGCACAAAGCGAUCACGGCGGGGGUGGUGGGGGGCAUCCUCUUCUUCAUCGUGGCCAUCAUCCUCUCAGUCUGCGCCGUCAAGAUCUGCAACAAACGUAAACGACGUAAGCAGGAGAAAGCAUACAACAUGGUAGCCGCGCGACUGACAGAUCUCCGCGCCGCUGAUAGCACUCAAGUGCCUUUUAAAAAAUUUAGAGAACGCGGAAUAUCGAGUAUAGUCCAGUGUUUGCGGUUCACUGCAAACUGGGUGUGGCCGGCAUCGCGCUGCGGAGGCUCGGCGCACUACUGGGCGUCGGCGCGCAGCGUGUCGGCGGCGCCGUCGGCGUCCCCCGCGCCGUCGCUGGCGCCGUCCUCGUCCGACGACGGCGGCUUCCUGCCGCGCCUCCGGGCUCCGCUGCGGCCGUCGGCGGCGCCUCCGCUGUUCCGCGCGUCUUCGCCAGCGCUAGCGCUGCACUGGCCUCCGUGGCCGCCGUGGCCCCCGUGGGCGGCGGCCUGGACCCCCUGGUCACCGCUGCACGUGUCUGACCUCAGCUCCGUGCCCUUCCCGAGUUCUGCCGAUGGCUCAUUCCCUACGCCUCCGUCUCCAUUCCGCCUCAGAUCGUUGCGACAGAGCGCUCACGACCCGCUCCGCGCCGCUACAGGCCCGCUGGCCAGACCCCGCGCCCGCCCCCUUCCGCGCCACGCUCGGCCGCGAGCGGUAGCGGACUUGCCGCCGCCUCCCCACGAAGCGUCGCCUGAGAGUCGUUCCUCGUCCAGCGGGUUCGGUAGCAAGAACGCGUCGUCCUCGCAACACAACCGCAGCAGUAGAACAGGCAGCCUGGCGGAGUGGCGGCCGCCCCCGUACCGGCCGCCGCCGCCAGCGCCGCCGCCGCGGCCGGGGUCGGGCGAGGUGGGCGACGCGGGCUCGGUGGACGUGCACUACGAGUGGGACCGCGCCACGCGCACGCCGACGCCGUCGACGCCGGAGCGCACGCGCGCGCGGCCCUCGCGGGACGACGUGGAGGCGCGAGUGCGCGCUAUGAAGGAGGAGUUCCUCGAGUUCCGCAAGCGCCAGGCGCUGCGCCGUCGCUCCCCGGAGCCGCUGGCGCCGCCCCCGCCGCUGUCGCCGCUGUCGCCGCUGUCCCCGCUGUCUCCGCUGGCCGCGCUGGCUCACUCGCCGGCCGCGCCCGCCGAGACUGUCUGCUGA